GGCUAGGAACCGAAACAGAAACAGCAGUCGUUCACUCGGAUCGAUUCUGAAAAGUGCCUUGAUAUCGCAGGUUUCACCCGAGAGACGGCAAGACUUGCAACCAUUCCUGCCACCGACCACACCGAAAAGUUUAGAAAUCACGCAACACGAUGAGCGACGACGACGAGGACCCGAUCGGAAGCAACGGAGGCUUUGACAACAACGGAGGCACCUUCGGAGAGGACGCCGACGAGGACGAAGAGAACCGACAGCUCGAGGACCGAGAGGACGACUAUGGCGAUGGAGACGACKACGACAUGCUGGAUGUCACCGGAGACCGCGACGAUGACGUGAUGACCGAGGGCAACGACCUGCUGGUUUCGACGGGGACGGCGGCCGCCGAGCGGGUCACCACCCGCUACCUCACCAAAUAUGAGAGGGCACGGGUUCUCGGGACGCGGGCCCUGCAAAUCAGUAUGAAUGCCCCCGUGAUGGUGGACCUGGACGGGGAAACGGACCCAUUGCGCAUUGCCGAGAAGGAACUUCGGGAACGAAAGAUUCCUAUCAUCGUCAGACGAUACCUUCCGGACGGGAGCCACGAGGAUUGGGGCAUCGACGAGCUCAUUGUAGAUUAAAUUGUACCGGCUAAGAUAAGCUUCG